AUCAACAGCUGCUGUUGGCAGGAAUUUCGGAGAGCCCAUCAGUCGGCAAAGCAGGUAGGCAUGGGCACGCUGACUCAACUGGUGAUGGUCGCGUGGAAGGAGCUGUGCCUGCGCGCCGUGCUGCGCCAGGGCUGGCUCUCGCUCUCCGAGUGCCUGCUCGCGCCGCUGCUCUGCCUCGUGCUCCUGCUGACCACGGGUCCGCCGUUCGUGGACAAGCUCCGCGAGGUGCCGCUCGGCGGUGUCCACAUGCUCGACUGGCCGUGCGCCGUGGUCGAGAACCAACUGGUGUUCCGACGCGUGGCUUACGCUCCGCACGCGCCCUACUCGAUGCGCCUCAUGGAGGCCACGUUCCGCGAGUUCAGCCCGGUGGAGGGACUCGUGGGCUUCCAGGAUCCCCAGGCGGUGACCGAAUUCGCGCGCACCAAGGCCAACGACUCGGACGCCUUUGACCUGAUCAUCGUUUUCGACAACCUGCGCAGAACCGACGACAAGCCGCCGGAGGAUCUUCGCUACACCCUGCGCUACAACACGAGCCGGCUGUAUCUGCUGGACGACCGCGACGACCGGCGCGGCUACUACCCGCUACGGCGCGACUACGUGGUGCCGCUCGUGUGCCUGCUGGGGGACAGCCACCUGCGGCUCACUGCUCGCGCCCUGGGAAGACCGGAACCUAGGUACCUCUGGCGCACGCGCUCCUUCAGCGACAACAAGGACCACAGGACGCUGGUGCACCGUGACUACAGUGCCCUCGCGUUCGAGCUGGGCGUCGUGUGGCUACUGCUAAACUACGCCGCCGACACAGUGCACGACAAGCGGACGCGGAAGCGCGAGUUCCGCCGCAUCAUGGGCCAGACCGCGCUCGUCUACUGGUUCGAGGUGCUGCUGCGUGGCCUCGGUCUCUUGAUGGCCUCGUGCUGCGGACAGCUGUUCGUGGUGACCAGCGUGCCUGACCGUUUCGGCUCCUCCUACCUGCAGUACACGGAUCCGACUGUGUUGCUUACGCUGCUGUACACGUACGCGCUGCACCUGAUCUCGUUUGUGACGCUCGUCACCACCUUCUUCACGUCGGAGACGCUGGUCGUGCUGGCCACUUGCUUCGCGGUGCUCGUCUCCUUCCUGCCGUACCUGCUCUUCGUCGAGAUGACGGUCACCAUACGACUCCUGUGCUGCAUGCUGCCAAACACGGCAUUUCAGCUCGCCAUGGACAUCAUCGUCACCUUCGAGCGAGACAUGACGGGCAUGCAAUGGAACCAAGUGAACAUGAUGUUGUCCACGGACAUGCCGAGCCUAGCAUCCGUGCUGUUGGUCAUGCUGCUGGGAGUGUCGUUUAACCUCUCUCUGGUCCUGAUAUUGGACGACGUGCUCCCCCUCUCAACGAACACCGAUGGAUCCCGACUGAAGCGCGCCUUCACAUGGUCUAAACGUCGGACACCGUGGCAAGUUCCAGAUCCCGAGCAUGAGCUGUUCGAGCCCAGCGAGCAUCGACUGUCCGAGCCACCAGGAAUAUACGUGGACAACGUGACCAAGGUCUGCGGGCGUCGUGUCGUGCUGAGCAACGUCCGGCUGCGCGUCUACGAGGGCGAAGCCGUGGCGCUGCUGGGCCCAAACGGCAGCGGCAAGUCGACGCUGGCCAACAUCGUGGCCACCUACGAAGCGCCAUCUGCGGGCGACGUCUUCGUGUGCCAGCACAGCGUGCGCCGAUCGCCCCGCACAGCGAGGCGCCACCUCGGUUUCCUGCCGGAGACGUGCAUGCUCUUUCCUUACAUGACUGUCAUCGAAAACCUGCGCUACUUCUCCAAGAUGACCGACCGGUACGUGUCUCCGGCGCUGUUGAGCGAGCUUCUUCGCACGUUCUUCUUGCACCCACGCCGUAACGACUUGGUCUGCGAACUCUCGCAAGGCCUGCGAAAGUGCGCUACACUUUGCGUUGUCCUUAUGACAGCACCAAAGGUGCUGGUACUUGAUGACCUUACGGAAGGUGUAGACGUGAUGCUUCGACGCCGCAUGCUCAAGGUCAUCAAAACGAUCAAGGACCACUGCACCAUAUUGAUAACAAGCCAGAGGCCAGACGAAUUGGAGUUUGUCGUCGAUAAGGUUGCAAUCCUGGGUCGAGGCGUGGUGCAGUGCGUAGGGUGUCCGGAAUUCUUGAGAGAGGCGUACGCUGUGCCAUACCGCUGUCGAUUGAUCCGGAACAACACCGACUGCCGCUCGGCUGCUGUGGAAUCGCAGCUUCAAGAGUGCUUGCCGCAGGCAAAGCUCAUAUCUAAGGCCGCCAACGAGCUCCUCUUCUCGCUGGGCACAAAGUCGCUGCUCAAAUUCGGCCACACCUUCCGCGCACUGAACGAGUCGGCGUCGUCCCUGUCCAUCCGCGACGUUGGAUUUCCUUAUAUGAGCCUGGAGGACGUGCUGAUUCGCGUGAGCUACAUGUCUGGCAAGGCGAUGGUGCCGCCCACUGGUGGCCUCAACUUGGCUCCCGGCGCCAAGGUGCACGUGGCCCGCAGCGGCAGGGUGCUCUGGCGCGGUCUGCUGGCGCUACAGCAAUACCGGCUGCUGCACUGGGGAAGCCACGUGCGCUUUUACACGCUGCUGCUGCUGAUGGGCGCCCUGCUCUUCCUCGUCUUCUGUGACCGGGUGGCCAGCGUCAGGAUGCCCUUCCCACGAGCGCUGCCACGCAUACCGCUAGACCUCGGCGAGCUGCGGCAAGGAUACAUGCACAACGUGACGCAGACGGCCGACCUUGCACAGGCAGUCAUUGGACCUGCGACAGCACACCGUAUCAAGCUUGUGAAAGCAGAGAACGGCGUUCGUGACGCCCUGAGUGACAGAAACUUCACAGCCCACUUCGCCUUCGAGCUAGGAACUAAGGCACUGAUCUCCUGGUACAGCGUUCGCACCCGAAGGUCCGAGGCCCUGUCUCUGCUACUGCUACAGAACGCCGCCCUGCAGUAUGUCAGCGGCGACAGUGCCAUGCGCGUCGAGGCCGCGAUCGAGUUCCUGCCUGGCGGAGCCUCCGUGAGCCCCGUCAACGUGUUCACGUGGCUCUCGGACGUCGAGCUGAAGCUGACCGGCGCCACGUUCGCUCCCAUCUCGCUGGGUCUUUUCAGCGCCGCCGCCGCGCUGUUUCCGGCCGCGGACCAGGCCAGUGGUGGUCGGCUGCUGCAGCGGCUUUCUGGGUUGCCGGGCGCUCUCUACUGGCUGUCCAACAUGUUCUGGGACUACGUGGUGCUCUACAUGGUGUACAUGCUCCUACUGUCCCCCAUGGUGGUCAUAUGGGGAUUCGGCGACAGCGUCGAGUUCUGGGUUUCCGUGGUACUGCUGUUUGCGGCGUACGGGUGGGCAGCCAUACCGCUUGCCUACGUCUUGUCACAGUUAGCCGGUCCUAGACCUUCUAGAGCCUUCUCCCUGGCGGUCGUUGUGAAGUGCGUGUUCGGCGUCCUGGCUGUGUUAUACUUGAUUCGGCUUCACCUGUCGUUCUACUUGAGCGAGGAGGUGUCGCUGAGCCGGCGUGUUCUCGAGCUCAUCACCACCAUCGCCCGCAUGCUGCCCACGGUCUCAAUAUCGUGGGGUCUAGGCCGAGCCAUGUGGCUGACGUCGCUCAACGAACUCUGCCACAUGGACAACGUCGCGGACUUCAUGCAGGCCUGUCGCAUCCUGAACGCCACCGAGUCACCGGCGCACCUGGUGCGACGGUACUGGUUCCUGGUGCGCUGCUGCAACGUUCGGCUGGCGUGCAUGCACAACGUCCAGAAAUGCGUGCUGCCUCACGCCGAGCUGCUCACGUGGAACCCGCACUCGGUGUGGCCCGAGGUGGCCAGCCUCUUGCUGGCGGGACUGCUCUGCCUGGCGGUGCUGUGCUUUGCCGAGACCAACGUGUGGAGGCAGCUUUGCCGCGUGUGCGGUUACAAGCCGCACCUCUACGUGACGCGAGCGCCCCAGUGCCUGCUCGACGAAGGGGAGAAGCAGCGCCUAGUGCGCUACUUCAUGGACAAGACCCUGCCCUGCGUCGACACGCUGGUUGUGAGCCACCUGCGCCAGGAGACCGGCCCGUACGCGCCCCUUCACGACGUCAGCCUGUGCAUGCACCGGCGCGAGUGCCUCGCCCUGCUUGGGCCUACGGGCUCAGGUCGGUCCCUCCUGCUGCGCGUACUCACCGCGCAGCUGCCCCUGUCGGACGGCAACGCUCACUUACGCGGUGCCGACCUCUUCACUCAUCCGACCGAGUUCGUCCGGGCGCUGGGCUACGCGUCCGAAGAGCGCAACGCCGUGGGCUGGCUGACGGGCCGCCAGCUGCUGAGUCACGUGGCCCGCAUGCGUCGCGUGCCCCCACAGGGCGUGAAGGUUGUGAUCGAGCAACUGCUUCGCAUGCUAGACCUAGUGGAGCAGGCUGAGCGUUACGUGGCCGUGUACAGCGGUGGGGAGCGCACCAAACUGGCCGUCGCGCUGGCCUUGGUGGGUGCGCCGCCCGUCGUGCUGCUGGACAAGCCGACCGAAGGGCUCGACCCCGUGUCUCGGCGCCGCGUCUGGCACACCAUCGUAACCUUCAUCAAAAAGACUCACAUGUCUGUGUUACUGGCCACCGACGACAUCGAAGAGGCCGAGGCCGUGGGUUCUCGAGUGUUGUUCCUGCACCGGGGACGUGCGCGGCCUAUGCUAAGCGAUGAUGACCUGUAUCCGUAUUGUGAUCGAGGGUACGAGAUCACCAUGUCCCUGGAUGACUUGAGUGGCCUUACGAUUACCGCUGCUCAGCAGGAGGUCAGGGACACCGUACAGAACCUGUUCCCGGGUCGCAACCUCGCUGUCACCACAUUGAAGACGUACGUGCGAUUACGCGUCAUGGACGACUCGGUCAACUGGGAGGCGCUGGUCGACGCCCUCGAGGGCCUGCGGCGCUCGCUAGGCCUGUCCUGUUGCCGGGUGCGGGUCACCACUGUGCUGCAGUGCGCCUUCUACCGCCGCCUGGUGGAGGCACCGUCGACUCCUUUGCCCUCGCUUGUCAUGUCGCCCGCCUCGCCCGUGCGGCGCGUGGCCGCUGCCGGAGGUGCCGGGGACCUGUACGCUGGCCCGCGGCCACGGUCGGCAUACCCCAGUCGCUACGCAUACCCGGUGGGCAAGAAAUAAAACUGACACUUGGUGUUUCCGCAGUCACUGGCGACUAAACGUCAAUACAAGAAAGAAGCUGGUUUCUUUAUAGCGUGAGUGGUACACUCUAAGCAUAGCAACCUUUAUAAAGCGUGACAUCUUCAUA